AUGGACGAGUUGAAAAAUUUAGUAAUUUAGACUCUUGAAACUAACGGAAUCCUUGGCCAGCUGAGAGCUCAACUUAGAUCUUGCGUGUUUAAAGUCAUUGAUAACCAGGAUCAGAUUGAGAAAGGCUAGUCAGGGUUCCACUGGGAGAACCCCAAUGCCCGCAAAGUUAUGCAGUCAGCCACUGGCAUGCUCUGCGCAGAGCUAGUGAAGGACUUCCUCGAGUUCUACAAGUUAGACUACACCUUGGCCAUCUUCAUGCCAGAGGUCAACCUUAACCAAUAGAACACGAUGUCCAAGCAAGAGUUAUCUAAGAAGGUAGGCAUCUCUGAACCCAGUGGUUCUAAACCAUUAAUGGCACAGCUGAUUGAAGGCUUUUUAAGCAACGAUAGACCAGCUUCAAGUGUCAGUGAGAAAUAAAAGCCAAAGGAGGAGCAUUCAUCGCUCUUCUCUCAACCUUAAAUCAAAUAGUAAGACUACAGUUAUCAGCAACCCGAUAAGAAGCAAUAGGAAUCCUACGCCCAAUCACAAGCAGACAUCUCUAAGUCAUCAUUGAAAUCUUAAAACUAGCCAGCAUCAAAAGCCCAAUAAUAAGUGGAGGAGAAGUCAGCCACUGAGAAGCAUUUAGAGAAAGCCUCCAAGAUGCUAGAGGAAUAAAAACGUGAAGAGAGAUCUGGCUAUUAAUUUGGUUCAGAUAAUCACAAUAAUAAAUCAGGCAAAUUCUCAAGGGACAUUUCAAAGAAGGAAGAUGAUAUUAUUGAGACAUAUGGCGACGACUUUGAAGAAGAGAUCGACGAGGAGUUGCCAGAGGACAAUCACUUGCUCGAUUCAAAUGACAACUUCAACCCUCAUAAAAAUAUCACUGAGAGUGCAGGCGGUAUUACUGUAAGCUAGUCGCUGGGAGUAGAUCCGAGUGUGGACUCUCUGGCUCUGGAAGACUAUGACCACAUUGAACCUGUAGAAAGACUUAGUUGA